CGCUGCUUCACCAAGAUGGCGGUUGAAGCUUCGGCCCCUUCACCAAGGUGGCGUCCGUGACCGCGGCUCUGAGCCCCUCACCAUGAGCUGUCCAGUCGAACUGAGGCUCUGCCGGAACUUCCCGGCUCAAAUGCACCCGCUGCAGGUCCUCAUUCCCCAGGCCACCUUUGCCGCCCUCAGUCCGGGGCCCGGUCCAGACAGCGGCACCGCCUGUGUGUUGUCACUGCAUUCCGGGCAUGGACGUGGGCCCGCGCUCUUUACCGCCGCCUCCGUCAUCGAGGAUGAGCCCCCGAGGGAGGCGGGCGCGCCCGGGAUCCGAGAUGACGGCGUCGCCGGGGCCGGAGGGGAGGGGGUCACUGAGCCCACGGUCCACAGUGAGGGGGUUCACCGGCCCGGAGCAGCAGGGGAGGCAGUCACUGAUUUCAAGGCGAGGGGUACGCAGAUCCCCGGGUCUGGAGCAGCAGCAGAGGGGGUCACUGAGUUCAGGGUACAGCGGGAGGACCUUCUCGGGCCCCAGACUGAAGGGUUGAGCCCCAGUAUUGGGCCAUUCCAGAUAUACACCAGUAAGCUCUUCCCUGCACACUAUGGGCUGUGGGUGAGUGAGGACAAAACCCUGGGGCAGGGUGUGGAGGCGGGACUGGUGUCCCCACAGCAUGGUGCCCCAGCCCUACUGCGGGCAUCUUUGGUGAGGUCAGUGCCGAGCUUGAACCGGGUGGUACUGGGUGCCCGCACUAGAGUCAGCCUGCGCUGGGCAAGCUCCCCUGCGUUUGCCAAUGGGCUACUGGUCCUGGCCUGCCAGCGGCAGCCGGUUCUCCUGCGGCAGGGUGACGCUCCCAUUGUACCUUACCACCCCUUACUGGGUGAGGAUAGUGAGACGGUCCUGGCCCGCCUUCUGGAGCUGGUGGUCUUGGAGUGUCAGCCUGUGCUGCAGGGAGUCCUGACUGUGUCCACCUGCCUGCUGCUGACUGACUUCAGGGAGCCUGGCGAGCUGCCCCCAGCACAGCCGCUCCACCUGUUGCAACCGCUCUGUCUCUCUGACUUCGCCCACUACGCCCGUGGUCUCUGGGCCUCAGGGCUCAGUCUGGAGCCUGAUAGGCCCACUGAUUUCCUGUCCAUCCUGCGGGCCUUGGAGUGCAGACUGGAGGUGACGGUGGCUGACCUGCUGGGCCUGGCCUCAAGCAGUGAGCUGAGGCUCGGUGAUAGGGCCCUGGACCUGGACAGCUGUCUUCUGCUUAAUAGGCGGACCCUGUACCGUCUGGGCCUCUUCCACUGCCAGUGGGUCCUUGUCUCGAUGCCAGAGCCACCUACAGAGGCAGAGCAGCUCAGGUCAGAGCUCGAGUCUCCUAGGCCGGAAACAGGAGUUCAGGGGCAGAGCAGUGGCUGGCGGCCAGUAACUGAACUCCUGGCCUGUGUGCUGGUGCUGGAGGGGGGUGAGGGGGCCAGUCUGGAGCUGGGGCAGGACAUGGCAGCAAUCUCCCACACUAUGUGGUUCAACAUCUCCAAGGGGGCCCCAGUGCCUACCUCCCACAGAGCACUGAGAGUCAAGCGCUUUUACCAGGGGCCAGAAUUGCAGAAGGGGCUGGGGGAGAGUCAUUCUGAACUGUGCGAACCUCCUGUGGCAGAGGAACUACACGUGGAGGUGGUGCACUCUCCCACCUAUGACUCACGGGCAAACUAUGAUGGACUGAUCUUCCAGCACUUCAGAACCUCCAGGUUGGUGCACGUAGGAGCUGUGCUGUGUGUGCAGACCAGGGGCAAGCCAGAGUUUAUUGAGAGCUGUACUGAGAGGCGAGUCGGAUGGCCUGUGAUCUACCUGAGGGUGAGGUCAGUGAGCGGAGGGGCAGAGUCCAAGGCGGCGCCCGGUUACCUGGCUGAUACAGAGCACACCUCUGUUUACUUGGAUGGCUGUGGCAGCAGCUACGUUCCCUGUGCUGUAAUGAGUGGUGGUCACCCAUUCUGGGGCAGUGUCUCUCCUCCUGGGCUCUCCAGCACUGUCGAUACUCUCUGCAACAUCAUCGAGCCAUACCUGCGCAGUGGGCCACCCCUUCUCGAUAGGCCGUGCAGUGUGUUACUGUGGGGACCGAGUGGUUGUGGGAAGAGCACAGUGGUGCGGGCUGCGUGUAGCAGAAUGAACCUACACUUGGUGAAGGUGGACUGUGUAUGCCUGUGUUCUGAUUCGAUCGGAGCCUCUGAAGCGAAACUGGAAGCUGCUUUUUCACGGGCCGAGGAUCAUCGUCCAUGCAUUCUCCUGCUGUGUGAUGUCACAAUAGUCGGGAGGGAACGUGAUGGAGUGGGACAGGACUCACGUCUGAUUUCUGCCCUGCAGCGUUUCAUGAGGGGUGUGCAAUCCAUCCCCACCAACUACCCGGUGGUGGUGGUAGGGACAGCGGUGCAAGCAAGGGAUGUGUCGGCCGACCUACAAGCAGUUUUCCUUCACGAGUUGGCCGUGGGUGCCCUUUUGGAAGAACAGCGGAAACAGAUGGUGAGAGCACUCAGCAGCAGCCUGCCCCUGGGCAAGGAUGUGAACCUAGCCAAGAUCGCCAAGCUGACUGCGGGUUACAACCUCAGUGACCUGUGCACCCUGCUGAACCGUGCUGGUCGUGCUGCGUGCAGACGUCUGCGCCGGUGCCGCUUUCCUGGAGUUAUUCCCAGUGAGCAGGAGGAGCUGGAGCUGUGUGCGGCCGGGGUGACCAUCCUACAGGAAGACAUGCACAGAGCAUUGGAGGAGCUGCAGGCAGAGCACUCACAGGCUAUCGGAGCGCCCAAGAUUCCAGCAGUGAAAUGGCAGGAUGUGGGGGGUCUGGAGGCGGUCAAGCGAGAGAUCCUGGACACAGUGCAGCUUCCCAUUGAGCACCCCGAGCUGCUGAGUCGAGGUCUGCGCCGCACCGGACUGUUACUGUACGGUCCUCCCGGUACAGGCAAGACACUACUGGCCAAGGCUGUGGCCACCGAGUGUGCCAGGACCUUCCUCAGCGUGAAGGGGCCGGAGCUGAUCAACAUGUACGUGGGGCAGAGUGAGGAGAACGUGCGAGAGGUGUUCAGCCGGGCACGGACUGCAUCCCCCUGCAUCGUGUUCUUUGAUGAACUGGACUCACUGGCCCCCAAUCGAGGUCGGAGUGGAGACUCUGGGGGCGUCACGGACAGGGUGGUAUCUCAGCUCCUCGCUGAACUGGAUGGACUUCACUCCUCGUCUGACGUGUUUGUGAUUGGAGCCACCAAUAGACCUGACCUUCUGGACCAAGCCCUCCUCCGCCCUGGCCGGUUGGACAAACUGCUGUAUGUAGGGCUAAAUGAAGACCGGGAGUCUCAGCUUCGUGUGCUGCAGGCCAUCACACGCAAAUUCACGUUGGACGCAGCCGUCAGCCUACCCCACGUGGUGGAGCGAUGCCCACCCCAGCUGAGCGGAGCCGACCUGCACUCCCUCUGUAGUGAGGCUAUGAUGUCGGCUGUCAAACGCAAAAUCAUCCGCAUCGACCAAGGCCUGGACAUUGAGGACUCGGAGCUAGCCCUGUUGCCCGAGGACUUUGACCGAGCCCUCAGCACCCUCCAACCAUCUGUCUCGCAGCAGGACUUGAACCGUUACAGGCUGAUAAAGCAGAGACUAUCGACCCGGUGACCAGCGUGCUGACAUCUGACAGGACAACAUCCAGUGGGAUCGGUUGACCUUUGUGGGUUAAUGGGUUUCAGAUGGUUGGACGGGGAACCAGACUGUUUCCCUCAUGGGAACAUGUCUUAUGGUCAGGCUCCAUGUGUGGGGAUCACUGGCAAGCCGGAUUUAUCACCCAUCUCUGAUUACCCCUGAGCCACUGCACUCCUGCCAUAGAGCUGGUGGGGAGAGAGUUCCAGGGUUUAGAACCAGUGAUGAAGUAGUAACAGUGAUAUAUUACUACUAGUUGUAAAUAAAAUUAUUCGUGACUCUUGUGACCGCUGCCAUUUACUUCUACAGCAGAAUA